AUGGGGUUUCCAGAUAAGCCAUCUGCUCAUCUCUUGGGCGCCAAUGGCCCGGUCCAUGCCCUUGCAUACUCCGCCUCUCCAGGCACCUACAUCCUCACCGGUUCAGCGGACCGAUCUAUCCGCCUCUACAACCCAUUUCCCAGCACAUCUGGUCCUGGUGAUCGUCACAGCGUUGUUCCUCAGGGUCGAUUGAUUCAGACUUAUGCUGCUCACGGCUAUGAAGUCUUGAGCCUCUCUGUCGCUGCCGAUAAUGAACGGUUUGUGUCGGCUGGUGGUGAUCGCAACGUGUUCCUUUGGGACGUGAGCACUGCUGUUACGACUAAGCGAUUUGGCGGCAACGUUCAUGGCCACACGGCUCGUAUUAAUUGCGUGAGCUUUGCGGGAGAAGGUGAUUCUAUUAUUGCCAGCGCAGGCUUUGACACUACGGUGAGAUUGUGGGAUACCAAGAGCAACAGCUUCAAGCCUAUACAGGUUCUCGACGAUGCCAACGAUGCCGUGACAUGUCUCGUCGUCCGUGGCCCCGAAGUCCUCGCGGGGAGCGUCGAUGGCCGUGUACGCAGCUACGAUAUCCGCAUGGGAAAAGUCACAACCGAUGUGAUAGGCGCACCCGUUACGAGUCUCAGUCUCACCCGCGAUGGACGCACCAUGUUGGUCGGGAGUCUCGACAACAAACUCCGACUGAUGGACCGCGACAAUGGCUCCUGUCUACGCGCAUACACCGACCCAGGAUGGAAGAACGAAGAUGUCAAGCUGCAGGCGCUGCUGGGCGGCAAAGAGAAGUACGUAGUGGUUGGCGAUGCCAUGGCCGGUGAGCCUGCACCCAACGGACAUGGAAGGAUAUGGGCUUGGGAUUUGUUGACGGGAAAGGUGGCGGCUAAGGUGACGGUUCCUUGGGGGCCAGAAGGGUUUGAACCAAAGAAGAAGGCUGUUGGCCGGGAUGGAAAGGAGAAGGUGAGGAGUAACGUUGUGAGUUGUAUGGCGUGGAGGGAGGAUGGUUGGGGAGAUCAGUUCUGCGUUGGUGGAACAUCAGGCGUGGUGACGGUCUACGGAGCCUUGUAG